UUUGUCAGGAAAACUCAAAUUUUCAACUUUCAAGAAAUUCAAAAUAAUGAAAGAAUCAGCAUGAAAAAAUCGUGAGAUAGAAAAGAACUAAAAUCUUCUACUGAAAAGUCUUUACUCAUGUUUUCCCAUAGAGUUACUGGAUCAGAUGCAGAGGUUGCUGGGAAUGCCUCCUCAGCAGGAUAAUUUCGCGGCUCCAGAUCCCCAAAAUCGUGAUCCCCUCAGCUUGGAUGGCAAUGGAGAUGGACAGGAGAAUGGGGAGGAUCCAGCAGUUGGUAUUGGACCAGUAAUCGAGACUUUGGUGCAAUUUCUCGAACGCCAAGAGCAACAGCACCAGCAACAGCUCCAGCGUGAGCUGUUGCAAACUAUCAUGGCUCGACGACUACGUACGGCCCAGGAGUUUCUUGAACUAUUGCAUACAUUUCUCUCAGCACAUCAACGUCGUAGGAAUACACGUCGAGGAACCAAUGGUGGUGUUGCUCGCAAAUUUUGGCGUGGAUGACGUGGAGGUCGUGGAGGAAGAGGUAGACGCGGCGGUGGCGGUGGACGUGGCGCAAGUCGAGCCAUGAUUUUCCACUUCAAUUAGAAGAAAAUUGGAUCUCAAAUCAUUCUUUUCUGAAGAUCGGUGACAAUUGCAACGAUAGAAUGAACAAAAAAAGAAAGAAAAGAAGCCAACCUCUUUUGUUACAUCGUCGGUGAUAUUUUUUACAUCUUCUGUGAUAUUUCUUGUGAUUUUUUGUUUUGAAGAAAUUUUUUGUAUUUUCUACAGCUGUGAUAUUAUGUGUAAUAUUUUUUUUUGAAAGACUUUUUUGUAUUUUUAUAGAUGUACAAUGAGAUGUAAUAAAGGCGAAAUAU